GAGACCUCAGAUCCCCAGACGCAAGGUUGGCACCUAUGCCAACAUCUCCCGGCGCGUGGCCGGCGGCACCAAGUACCGUGCCAGCAUUGCACUGUGCAACUUGCGGUUGCAGGCGCGGCCGAGAUCUUGCUUGGGAGCUGCCCAAGAUGACCUCGAACUCCUAGCCAAGCUGCGGCGUGACGUCAGCAAUGCCAGUGGUCCUUUUGAGGACCGCGUGCGGUGCGCGCUGUCACCAGAGGCCUCUUCAGAUCGCCUGGCUGUUGCGCGCUGUGGCAUCACCUUGCAGGUGGCCACCAGCGCGCUCUGCCGCCGGGUCCUGCUGAGCCCCGCCUACGACUUGCGGGCGUUGGACGCCGCACUGGGCGCCUGGGGGCGCUUGCGCGCAGCGCAAUGCAGCGGCUUGCCCAAGCA